AUGUCAGUGGAACAAUUUAACAUUUUACAUGAUCUCUUAAAACCAAAGCUGCAAAAGAAAAGUCGCAGAGAGCCUUUAUCAACAGAAACUCGUGUUGCUGCGACAUUAAGUUUCUUAGCCCAUGGAGAUAGCAUUAUGAGUACAGCACAUUUAUUUCGUAUAGGAAGAUCAACAUUAUAUAGUAUUAUACCUGAAAUAUGCAAAGCCAUAUGGGAAGUUUUACAACCAUUAUAUCUGCAAUGUCAACGUAAUGAAGAAGAAUGGUUAAAAAUAGCUGACAAAUUUUAUAAUAUCUGGAACUUUCCUAACUGCAUAGGAGCAGUUGAUGGUAAUCAUUGUCGCAUUCAAGCUCCAGCACAUUCUGGUAGUAUGUUCCAUAAUUAUAAAGGUUACUUCAGCUUUAUAUUAAUGGGCCUUGCAAAUGCACGAUACCGUUUUAUCUGA